AUGAAAACAAAUGAGGAACUUAUGCGAAAAGAGGAAGAAGAUAUAUCCAAAACUAUAGCCUUGUCCCUGGAGGAGUACCACGCCGGGCAGGCAAAAAAGAGCGAGAAGAAUGACUACCUCCCGGAGGAUGAAAACGACGAAAUGCUGCAGGAAGCCAUUUGGAUGUCCAUCAUAGGAUGUAAGAAGAGCGAAAACCAAGACAAUGUAGACACGAACGAUUCCUACCGAGAUAUUGUAAAAAAAAAUUUCGACAAAAUUACAUACUACCUAUGUAACAGCCAUGAGUCAACAAAAAAUCAAAAUGAUGUUAUCGAUAAUAAACUAUUUUGGGAAGAUAUUUACAAAAAUUAUAAAAACAUUUAUAUCAUUAUAAGGGACUAUAUGAUAAGCCUAAAUAGGAGGAAUGAAAAAAUGAAUGAGGAAUCUACGGACUCGACAUCUAGCAGGGAAUACUACGACAGUGAUGAUUCUAGUGAUUGCAGUAACAACUCUUCUUCCUUUUCUUGUUGUUCCCUAGAACAAAUAAAAAGAAGCUAUAAAAAUAUAAACUACACUACAAAGGAUUAUUGUAAGUGGUUGAGGAAAGGAAAUAGAAGCAAGUGUUUAAAUGACCACGUGUAUGUAAAUUAUUUGUUAAAAGAGAUGAAGUUACUUGAUGACACUACGAGCAUUCAUAACUUAGUGUUUGGUGUUAAUAAUUAUAAAUACUCCAAUAAACUAGAUAUAAAAAAAUGGUGUAAUCAUAGCAUUUCUUUUUAUGAUAAUAAACAAAUAACUUUUGGACUCCGACAAUUUUUAAGUGGACCCUGUGGACUUAUUUCUAGUGUCCAGGGGUACAUCAUCAUUAUUUUGCUUUUCAAUUAUAAGUAUCAUUUUUUGUGGGAUAAUAACUACUUUAAUAUUUUGAAGACUAAUGGAGAUUUCUUGAAUUUCACCAAUAGUAAUAAUGCCCCUGAGGUAUGUGGGAAUGCCUCCUCCCUUGGACAAGUCAACAAGGGGAGAGUAGGAAGUGGCGCAGCUCCUCGUAGUGAUGCCAAUACGGAGAAGGAUGAUUAUGAUAAGCCAAGGGAGGACCACACCGGGGAGUGCAACCAGAGUAGAGUCCCCCCUUGUGAUGAACACGCGGCUGGGGAAACCGAACCCGCAACGCCGAAUGAGGAAGACCGGACAAACUGCGCUUCGCAACGGAUUGAUUACCAAACCGAGAGGGACAGCACCACCGUGGGGAGAGACAAAACUGGGGUGGGACACCCAAAGGGGGGGAGCUGGGGCAUGAGCAGCAGCGGCGAACGGGGGAGCGGCAGCCUCGACAGCACGCGCUGCAACGCGAGCAGUGGUAAUGACAUCGGCAAUGGAGGCGGUCAAGGCGGCAAAGGCGGUAGAGACGGCCAAGACGGUAGAAACGGUCAAGACGGUAGAAACGGUCAAGACGGUAGAAACGGUCAAGACGGUAGAGACUCGUGUAAAACAGACACGCAGAAGGAGAGUGCGCGAAAGGGAGAGGCCGGCAAGGAACGGGCUCACGAGAAAGGAGACGACGAGAAGCAAGGCAACGUGAGGAAGGACGACGAGAGGGAGGAUGACGCGAAUGACGAUUACGAUCACGAGUUUGUACAGCUAGUCAGAGAUAACAUAAAAGAUCUAAAAUAUUAUUCAUUAGUAGAAUCCAUGGCGUAUAUUUUGUACCAAUGCACAGACAAAUCGUAUUAUGUUAUAGCGUUUUUACUCCCCGAAUGUUACGAUUUUUCAUACUACAUGAACAGGAGAAGCUCAGAUGAAGACAUGAUAAGGGAUUUAAAAAAAAUAAAUAUUUACUACAAGGAGUUUAGCAACAUUAAGGACGUAAUAAAGUUCUACUUGGAGCAUUUCAUAAUUUUUUCGAGCUCAACUGGGGCUAUUUCUUUCUUAUAUUCUGUAAUUCUAACAAGGGGAAUGAAAAAUAUUAUGAAUGACAUGGACGACGUGAACCAUCCGUUAAUUGGGAUUUAUGGUCAUUGCUCGCAGGAGUUGGUUAAUCUGCUUCUCACUGGCAGAGCCUGCUCUAAUGUGUUUGAUAACAACAAUAUUAUAAAUACGUUCCCGCAGGUGGAUGAGGACGUGAGCGAUGCUUUGCUGUUUGACGGGGGUGGCAGGCGUGGCAGUAACAGUGGGAGCAGUUUGGGGGGUACCUUUGGGGGUAUUUUCCCUGGCGAUACUGCUAUCCCCCCGUUUGCGUCCCCCACGAGUGAUGCGAGGCACGGCUCGAAGAGCUGGAAUGGUAGCGGAGGUAGUGGCAUCGGUGGGAGUGGCGGAGCCCCGCAGCUCUCCCCGGGGAUGAACAAAAACAACAUCAUACUUAAGGGAAUCAAUAAGAGACCACUGAUCGGACUGCUCACCGAUUUUGAAGCCUUCAAAUAUUGCGAAGUAGGAACCUUCUACAAAUACCCCAUUUACCCUAUAUGGGUGAUCAGCAGCUCGAACCACUACACUGUCCUGUUUUCCCUAAACAUUAACAACUCAAAAUGUACGAGUGAAGAAUUAUUCUUAACAAAAUUGAAUAAAGUGUGGAAUAAAUAUGACAAGGAAAAUAAUAAAUAUAUUUUAUCUCAUUUCAUUCCUCAGUUUAUACAAGACUUGAAUUUGAAGGAGGAAUAUAAAAAUAUGUUUGAUGGCUUUGUGAGUGACUUAGACAUUUUGCUCUACUCCGAAUUUAAGGCCUUUUAUUUACAAUUAAAAAGAAUGAUAUUAACAAGCUUAAGAAUUAUGACCCCCCAAAGGAGAAGUAUUUUUAUCUCUACGAUGCACAAGAAACGCCAGAAAAAUGUAUCAACUAUUUUUUGCUUAAAGAAGUCGAUUAUGAUGUUUCACAUGAUAACCACUUAA